AUGCAAAUGGCAGAUGAACAGAACUCACGCUGUGUGUGCUCGGUUUGCCUCCAGGACCUGCAGGAAAACAGCUGCCCUCGGUGUAAACAGAAUUCCUCAUGUGAGACAGAUCUGGAAGAAUCUGAGGCUCCAGCUGCAGAUAUGAGCGAAACCAGGGCUCCAUUUGCAGAUCUGGAAGAAUCUGAGGCUCCAGCUGCAGAUCCAGAAGAAUACGAUGCUCUUAGUGCAGAUCUGGAUGAUUCCAAUGCUUCUGUAUCAGAUCCAGACACAUCUGUAGCUUGUGUUGCAGAGGCACUGGAGAGGACAGGACUUCAGACGGAGCAAGCGGAGGACGUGGAGUGUGACUCUUGCAGUGAUAGGAAAGAGAAAGCUAUCAAAACAUGUCUGGUGUGUUUGGCGUCUUACUGUGAAACUCACCUCAGGUUGCACAAUGAACUGAAUGUGGGGAAAGCACACUUACUGGUGGACGUCACUGGAGAACUCCAAAAAAAGACGUGCCCCCAACAUCAUAAGCUCCUGGAGGUUUACUGCCGCACUGACCGCCAGUGUAUCUGCUGCCUCUGCAUGCUGGACACCAACCACAAAGGACAUGACAUGGUCUCAGCUGCUACAGAACGAGCAGAGAAACAGAGGCAGCUGGAAAAGUCCAAGCAGAUGGUUACAGAUCGAGAGACAGAGCUGAAGGAAAUCCAAAAGGCAUCAGGUAGACUCAGGAACCUGACUCAAGCCACAGAGGAAGAAGGUGACAGGAUCUUCACCGAACUGCUCAGCUUUAUACGGAGAAGCCACACUGAGAUGAUUACGCUGGUCCAAAGUCAGAUGACCAUAGAGUUGAACCGGAUUCAGGGACAUUUGGAAGGUCUGGAACAGGAGAUCUCAAAGUUGAAGAGAAAGCAGUCCGAGGUGGAGCAGCUUUCACAUACUGAUGAUCACAUCUAUUUCCUCCAGGAGGUCCAAUCCCGCUGGGCGACUUCUAAUGACUUCCAAAGCCUGACAACUAACCCACAGUUUUCAUUUGGAGAAGUGAUCAAGUCCCUCACCUCAUUAACAGCACAUAUAAAGGACAUUUGGAGACUGGAAACAACCAGGAUGUUCUCAGCAGUGACUUCAGAAAAGAGUCUACUGCCACAAGAACCCAGGACAAGGGAGGACUUUAUACAAUUUCUGGUUCCCUUGAGUCUGGACCCAAACACGGCCCACAGGAACCUUCGGUUCACAGAACAGAACAAGGCUGUGGCUUGCAGUAUUGAACCCCAAUCGUACCCAGAACAUCCGGACCGCUUUGAGUGGUGGGCCCAGGUGCUGAGCAAGGAAGGUCUGAUGGGUCGCUGCUACUGGGAGAUGGUCUGGAGCGGACAGUACGGCGUUGACCUCGCAGUGUCCUACAACGACAUCAGCAGAACUGGGCAAGAAGACGACAGCGGGUUUGGGUACAACAGACACUCCUGGAGUCUGGACUGUUCCAUAUUCAGAUACGCACUAGUGCACAACAACGAGGAGACGGAGAUCAGUGUACCCCUGUCCCACCGGAUCGGGGUGUAUCUGGACCACCGCGCAGGACAGCUGUCCUUCUACAGUGUCUCAGAUACCAUGAUCCUCCUUCACAAAGUCCAGGCCAGGUUCACUCAACCUCUUUAUCCAGGAUUUGGGCUCUUUCAGGGCUCAAGAUCUCCACAAGUAGUCGACAGACCCCAAAACAACAAAACAUGUAAAAAUCAAAGAUGCUUAAGAACUGCCACGAGGAGAAACAAAUACCUCAGAAAUGGUACAAAUACCCGCAGUCCUAAAUAAAACUGUCCUGUCCUGAAUUGUCCAGAACAAAAACAUUGUCCUUAAUAACUCAAUACUGAAGCUGCUGUUUAGGUGAAAACCACAUAAUAAAUCAAAUCUGA